AUGACUGGGUUCUCCACUACACGGCGAGUCACCACACACGACAUGCCACCCGAGGUACUUUGUCACAUCUUCGUUACGUUGGCUGCAAUGUGUUUCGACGAGGACUCGGGGACACAUUCGUUAGACUGGAUCGCAGUCACACAUGUCUGCAAGCUCUGGAACGAGGUUGCUCACGACAACGCCACGCUAUGGAGUUGCAUUGAUUUUUCUCAUCCGAGAUGGGCUCAAGAGAUGCUUGGACGCGCCAAACACGCCCCCCUGGACAUACAUUACAAACACCAUGAAAGGUUACGGGAUGGGGUGACAGGGGAAGAAGUCAUGGCUCAGGCAUUGAAGCGGCUGCCCCUCAUCAGAAGGAUGGGGGUCGACGCGCCAGUCGACGUGUUGAAGCGUUUCGUAGUCGAGAUGGAAGGGUUUCCGGCUCCUAAACUCGAGCGGCUCCAUAUGCGCGGGACUCGCGAUGAGCUAGUCGAGAUUCAAGCGAAUUUCCUCAAUGAAUUUGCACCCCGCCUGCGAGAUGUAGCCCUUCUUGGCUGUAGCAUCGACUUGAACACAAUGCUCUUCCGCAACGUUGAAUCCCUCGUCCUGGGUCCGAUCAACUCGCCUAUUCACAUCGCCGACAUGCUCACCUUCCUUUCAAAUUUACCAAGAAUCCAAUCGUUGGUGACCGGGUUCAGUUUCCACUUCCCGCAAGGGCCCGAAGUCGUUCGCCUCUUGUCUAGAGAACCUGUGUUGAUGUCAAACUUGACACGCAUGCAACUAACCACGAGAUGGUCCGACCCGUCUCAAGACCUUGCCAGCCCUACAAUGUUCCUUCGGUGGCUCAAAUUCGUACAGCCUCUUGACAUCGAAGUUUACCUUGGCUGUGAGCAGAAUGAAGACACCAUUUUACCGCAAUGCGAAUCGCUCUUUGAUCCUGUCCUCCAACAUGCCACAACUAAAGCCAUGGAGUUCAGCGAGUUCGGUAUGACAUACUCCUCAGAUAGUAAAAAACACGGCGCGGAAGUCCACGAGCUGCGUUUAUCCGCAUCCGACGACAGUGCAUCGGUAUCGUUCACGUUCUGGUUCGUCCAACAAUUACUCCCUGGAACGUGCCAGACGCUCGCAUCCCGGUUUGCGACAGGUAUAUCUCGCAAAGACCUCCAAACGGUAAACAUGGAUGGCAUCACCUUGGAUGCGCAAUUAAUGGGCCAACAUUUCGGCAACUUGGAGUAUCUGGAAGAGAUCUCUAGUCCCCUCAAUGAUGAGUUGUUCGAGGUCCUACAUGAUGUUGAUGGGCAGGGACGUUGCCUGUUUCGCUCCCUAUCCACGAUGAUGCUCUACUACGACGAAAAUGAUGAAGAGACAUCGGAUCCUGAUACUUGGUACGCUCUUCCGAGCCUGCUGGAGUUCAGGGCUGCAAAGGGUUCACCGAUUCGGGAAAUAACUAUUCUUCCAAAAGCGGGCUCAACAGUACCCAAAGAGUUUGCGGAUCGUCUGGAGGGCAUAGUGACCAUCCAGCUCGGACGCAAAAUCAAUACCUUACUGUUUGUAUAG